AUGAAUCAACAACAAGGUGCCCCUCCCAACGCCAACGCUGGUGGUGGUGGUCCAGGAUACCAGCAACCCCGGACGGAAAUGGAAUACCUCUGCGCAGACUGCGGCGCCAAAAACGAGAUCAGAGCUCGGGAUCCCAUCCGUUGCAGAGAGUGCGGACAUCGUAUUUUCUAUAAGAAAAGGACGAAGAGAAUGGUCCAGUUUGAGGCUCGCUGA